AUGGGCUCUGUGUUACCAUCCGAAGCGCUGGCUCUGAGAGGCGGUUUCAAGCCUCACGGCUUCUCGCUGGCGGAGAUGAUCACUUCAGACAUCCUUCACAGCUUUCUGUACGGCAGGUGGAGGAACGUCCUGGGAGAGCAACUUUUCGAGGACAAAAGUAACAGCGGCGGUCAGAAAAUCGCGUUCACCGCCGAAGCACUCGCUCAAUCCUUCAGCGGAGAAGUUCAGAAGCUGUCGAGCCUGGUGCUUCCGUCCGAGGUGAUUAUAGCCCAGAGCUCGAUCCCUGGGGAGGGCCUGGGCAUCUUCUCCAAGACCUGGAUUAAACCCGGCACCGAGAUGGGGCCCUACACCGGCAGAGUCAUCUCCCCGGAACACGUGGACCUGUUCAAAAACAAUAACCUGAUGUGGGAGGUUUUCAAUGACGAUGGCACGGUGCGGUAUUUUAUUGACGCCAGUCAGGAGGACCACAGGAGCUGGAUGACCUACAUCAAGUGCGCCAGGAAUGAGCAGGAACAAAACCUCGAAGUGGUACAGAUCGGAAACAACAUUUACUACAAGACCACAGAGACUAUCCCUCCGGACCAGGAACUGCUGGUGUGGUAUGGAAAUACACAGAACACAUUCCUCGGCAUCCCAGGAGUUCCAGGGCUGGAGGAGGAACACAGGAAAAAGAACAAAGAUGGUAACGAAUGUGAAAUAAUGCUGAGGUGCGGUGGGAAGGUGGGUGCUGUUAUCUAA